AUGCUCCCCAGGUUUACCGUGAAUGCCAGCCACCAAGCUGAUCCUGAAAGUAGAGAACUCACUGGAGACUACUACCAUAGCAAACAAAUCUAUCGCGAGGCUAUCGGUGGUUAUCUCUAUGCAAAGAUUCCAGAGGUCCCAGCAGAUAGACUGCAGGCAAUUGAGAAAUAUAUGGUAGAGAUGCUUGCUCUCGGCCAGGGAAAACUAGACGACGUACAGCGGUUCGCUGUGACCUUUCCUUUCGUGGAUAAAGCUGAUCCGCUUGUUCAGACCGGUCUCAGGACUAUAACUCUAGGGUUCGAACGGAAGAAAGGAACAGACGUUGGAGAAAACAAGGACAGGAAUGUUCGCCAAGAAGGCGGAGCGAAGCAGGAGAAGGCCGUACUCACUAUUUACCGGUGUGUGUACGAGUCGAAGAUUAAUAAAAAACUUUUUGAUAGCCAGGAGCUGAAUCAAAAGGUGCUGGAUCAGGGCAAGCCUGUUGUCCAAAGAUGGAUUCGUGAUGUUCUCGUUUGA